GCCCAUUUGGGCCACGUUUUAAAAAGCCCGCAAAUUUGCCCUCAGCAGCUUAUCAAAUUACGGUGGCCAGGCCUUGUGGCCCGGCGAAAAAUGCGACCGCUCGUGCCUUUCUUUCGUUUUUGCUUUGCGACCGCUUUUCGUGGACCAGAACCGAUUGGCCCACACGGGCAAACCUGGUACCAACUCAGGAAGAUUCGAAAACUGCACCAAGGUCGCUUUUUGGUCCCGCAGGGUUCCUGGCGGGUGCAAUCUUGAGAAGAACAUAGCAGUGCCGCCCUGUUUAUGUUUUGUCGCUUUCUUUUCAUUUUUAGGACGCGAUUAAGUAUGUCCGCCCUCGUACGAGAUACUCACCCAGACGGGGGCAAGUGUUUAACCACCACGAGAACUUUCGGAAGCUGCCGCUUCAGCAGUCGGAAGCUGCGCCAGCAACGUUACACUUUCGUUAAAUCGCAGCAGCCGUCGUUGUCGUUGGCGUCGUCGGUCAAAUUCUCUCUGUCGCACCGGGUUGGGCAACUUCGUUUAUAUUUUUGAGUCAUCGGUAAAAUCGGCGCUCGAUAUUCGUUGCGGAAAAGCGCUUGGCCGCGAUUGCGCAUCGCGUAGACCACUUCUAUCACACUGCUCGUGGUUCGUUUCUGCAAGGCUGCUAACGCUGUCAUCAACAAUUUCGUGGGUGCGUUUGAUAUAUGCUUUUACUUUUUUCAAGAGGCCGACGAGACUAAACGCGGCACAACAGAAAUAAGUAGUCGAGUAAGUAUUUGUUCAGGACGAGCAGCAGGCGGAGGUCUGUGAAAAUCGCGAGGUCUGCGAAAAAAAUGCGGUCCUCUCCACGAAAAAUGUAUGCCCUUCUGUUUUUCAGUUUGGCGCCCGCCAGCGGCGGAUUACGGGGAGCGGGGGACGACGGAGAAGUCUCCGUGGGCGAUCCCGAGAAUCUCUACGGCCUUCCCUACACUCCCACUGCGCGGGAAGACACAUCGCACCUGGAGCUGACCCUGUUGCGGCACUUCCCUAAGCGUCUCUCGCCCUUCGACUAUGCAACCGUGGUUCGUCCCGACUUGCCCCUGGCGCAGCAGUGCGACCUGAGCGGCGUCGCAGCGACCACGUCGCUGACCGAACGAACCAAAACGUGCGCAGCCUACCUGGACGCCCAACUCCAGAUAGGCGGGGCGUCGUCCGACCUAAUCCCCAAGGCGCACACGGAGUUGGCGGGAGCGUGGGCAAAACAUGCCUUUCACGACUUCACGAAAGAGAAGGACGGCGCCGCCGCGCCCGUGGACCGCAUUCUGUUCACUUCAACCAUUCCGCGCGCGGUGGAAACGGGAGACCUGCUUGCAGCGGAGGCAGGGGCGAAACAAGCCUCUGUCCGCAAAUUUUCAAGCCGGCUGUUCGCCGAGGAACAAGACUUCCCGGAUGCAAGCGGGGUCUGCGUUUCCGUGUACGCGGCCCCAUUCGCGGCCCGCAAGGCCAAGUUGAUCGACAACAAGCGGCGUGACGGCUUCGAGACGAAACUGCUGGACCGCAUCUGGGAAAACGCGAAGCUUGCGGCGACCCAGCUGCAACCCAUUUUAACGGACGAACUGCAGCGAGUACUUAUCGAGGAUGAUGCGGCAUCGAAGCACGCAGGCGUGGGGGUGCAAGACGCGGCGGCGGGUUCAGGAACAACUUCAGGCACUUCUGCGGAUGAGCUUUCAUUUGUGCAGAAGGACCCUGCGCAGCGAUCAUCUUCGUUUCUCGAGAUCUUUCGAACGGCAGAAGCGCAUGGGCGCGCAGGAGAUGCGGCGGUCAAGGAGAGCGAGGCCGCACCCACCGCGGAAGAGGGCACGGCAGAUCCGCGGCCGGCACAGCAGGUCCUCGACUACGCGACGCGAAUGUGCAAGAUCGCCCAGUUUUUGCAGGUCCAAGAGAUUCAAUCCCCCACGGCCGGAAAUGAGCUCCGCGCAAUCCGCAAGAAAGCGGAAAGCGAUGGCAACAUUGUUGGCAGUCUCCUGGAUACCGCCAUGCAGGUGUGCGAGUCGCUAUUCGACCUGGUUCGUCGGUACGACGUGCAGACCUUCCGCCGGUCCAUGCUCGGCGCCGCCCUGUUUUUCACGGCGGAGUUUGUGGGCGGCGCGAAGCGGGAGGUGGUGCAAAAAGGAUUGCUGGAGGCAAGCCUGGCAUCGCCGUGUGCGAAGGACGAAGUCGGGAGCAGGACCCAAGACGACAUUGCCGACAUCGUUUCAGCUCCGAACAAAGAAGACGCAGAGGGGACAAAAACGGUCCGUCAGGUGGUCACGGUCAUGCACGACGCAAAUCUCGCGGGCCUGACGGGCUUCUUCGCGACUGGCCAGGGGUGGGUGGAAAGUUCGCCGUUCGCACAGGAAGCCAAGUACGCGAAGGAUUACCGUGCGGAAUUCCCGAUGGUCGUGAAGUUGCGCGAAACCAGUCCCGAACUCGAGCCCUUCUGCCCCGCCUCGUACGGGGCCGCGCUUAAAUUCGAUGUCGCAUCUGGGCCGUUCCCGCCCUUUCUCUGGGGUUACCGUGGCCCCACCACGCAGGAGUUGCGGGACGCCCAGCCGCCAGAGGUACUGCAAGCAGACGAUGAAUACUACUUUUUCCAAUCAAGCGCCGAAAUGGGGCAGGUGCUCGGCAACGUGGUGCCCUCGCUGUCGAACGGAAACGAUUUCCACCGGCCAAAGACCAGCUUUAUCGCACGAAAAAUCUCCGUCAUCGUAACUCUGUGGAUGAGGACGGACGCAACUCGUAGCCUCUUGUGCGUGUAUGCGCCUCUUUCAUAGUAGCUGUGGCGCAUAACUCUUGAAGGUUGUUUUGUGAAGUGCUAGUGCAAAUUAUGAGUGAUGCGUGAUUGUGGGUAGAUUUGCAGGCGACGCGGGUUUUUUGAGCGAUAGACGUUCCACGCAAACUGCAUGCGCUCAAGGUGCGGCUACAGUAUCUACUGACAGACUGGACCGCGGAAUCCGAAGCCGAGAAAAAGUGGAUAGCGGUCUGUCAGACGGCGUUCGACCAACUCUUUCCCGAGGGAAUUCACUGCCCGUUUUGCUGAAUGAACACAACCGAGCCCCUCUCGAAAGGAUGUAAAUGCUUUAGUACUGGUCGUAUAGUUGACUAAAAGAUGAGGAAGAUGUUAUUGUCGACGAGAAGAAAAAUACGAAAGAAAUCAUGUCUGCACAUGUAAAGAACAACGUGUUUCAAUACCUAAAAUUAAAAUUGACGCAAACUGUACUUUAAUGCAAAUAAUAAGCUUGGACAAGGAUAACGAUAAGGAAGAACUUGAUGUCACUCCUACUUUGUACUUUGUAGCAAGAGUUUCCAUGAUAAAGAGAAGAUAGUCCGCAUGUAGAAAUCCGCUAUGAGCAUAAGUUUAGAGGAUGCGCCACGCUCAACAAAAAGCUUCCGAAGGUAUCUGUCUGUUUCAAAUUUCAAAAACAGUCCCGCAAAAAUUGU